CCGUCCCUCCCCUUCUCCUCUGGUAGGCGCCGCGCAACUGCUCCACUCGUGUAGCGUAGUCGCCUCGCUGCUAGGACCGCCGCAUCGGGGCCCGGGACGGCGGAAAUCAGGCACCGACGACGUGGAAAACUUCGGUGACUGGUCUGUCACAGUCUCGGGGUCGUCCCUGUUGCCACUGAAUCCGAUCUUAUUAGUCGUCCCCGUUGCCGCUGAAUCCGAUCUUAUUAGUCGUCCCCGUCGCCGCUGAAUCCGAUUUAUAAUAAGAGUAUAAUAGAUUGGGGACAUCUCUCGUAAGUCCCAACGCUAAUAUCAUCGCGACGCGCGGUCGUACGAGUGGUCGUCUCUUACUUUUUCAGCCAUGGUGAAGACGUCGGCCAACCCGAAUGCCAAGGGCAAGGCCGCAGCUUCGUCCUCUGGUCUUCCGUCACCCAAGACCACGCCCAGAGGGGUGAGGCCUAAGGCGUUUAAGAAGAAGGCCAAGGCCGAUCCAGAGAUGCAGAAGGUGGCAGCUGCGGAAGCCGCCGCCACUGCUGAGACUGCAUCGGCACCCCCUCUGAAGCCGGCUGAGGUCAGCCCAGCGGCAGCGGUGGCCAAGGAGAAUGGAGGACAGAGGAUGAGCAGAAAGGAAAAGACAAAGAUGAAAGAGGGGGACCAGAUGAAGGAGGAUAAGAAGGGGAGAAUAAAGGGGAAGGAAAAGAAGGACGAUAAAGCGAGGGAGAGGAAGGGUGAAGCUGGGUUUAUAUUCAUGUGCAGUGCUAAGACAAAGCCGGAGUGCUUCCAGAAUGGUGUGUUUGGCUUGCCUAAGGGGAAGAUCGAUGUGGUGGAGAAGAUCCAGCCAGGGGCAAAACUGUUCCUCUAUGACUUCGACCUGAAGCUGCUCUAUGGGAUAUACAAGGCCAAGACAAAGGGAGGGUUAGAUCUUGUGCGAGGCGCGUUCCAUGGAAAAUUCCCUGCACAGGUCAAAUUUAAGGUUGACAAAGAUUGCCUUCCUCUUCCGGAGAGUAGUUUCAAGCAUGCCAUUAAGGAGAACUACAAUUCAAAGGGAAAGUUCACCCAGGAACUCAGCCUUAAACAAGUUCAUAGGUUGUUAGAACUAUUCAAGCCUAUUAGCUUGCCUCAAUCAUCUAUUCAAUAUGUUAAAGAAAGGCAUCGACGAUUGGAUGUCUUUGAGGGUCGCCUACCACACUAUGUUGAAGGAAGGAGACUGCCACGACAUGUCGAGGAAAUGCAUCAUUUACGACAUGUUGAAGAAAGGAGAUUGCCAUAUGACCAUGAAGAAAGAAGAUUACCGUAUGACCAUGAAGAAAGAAGACGACCACGAUAUGUUGAAGAUAUUCGUCAUCCACAAUUUCUUAAAGAAAGACAUGCUAUAACCGACUCUCUGCAUGAUCCAUUUCGAUCUCGGCAUGUGACUCAUUUACCAGAGCUUCAACAUGCUCCUCCCACAUACUAUCAUCAUGUUGCUCAUACUUUUGACGAACGGUACCAUCAACCUCAAGUUGAUAUCGUGUAUGAACGUUCUGCCCCCAGAGCUAUAGUUGAGGCUACUGACAGGGAGGCCUUCCUCGCAAGAGAUUACAGAGUGCCAGAAGAGAUUGUCGCACGCUCGGAUCAUGUGGAUGAGCUCUACCGUUCUUAUAGACUUGCCACUCGUGCAAUGGAUCUCCAUCAGGGUCCGUCCUAUGUGACAGCUGCCUAUGAGAACCCAGGACCUGCCUACAGUGAAAGCAUCCAUCAGAUGCCUGUUUCUUCUACAAGGCCUAACGUGCCUGGUGCGCCGGUCUCCUCCCUGUAUUCCUUUGCUGGUGCACCAGCAUAUCGAUGAUCACCCCAGUGGCCCAGUGCACUGAAAUUGGCCCCAGACAACCUUAUUGUCAGUUGGUGAUGGUGUAGGUACUGGCAUCCUGGUACUAUACUCCUGCUCUCUUGAAAGUCAGGCUACAAGUUAAUCGUACUUGUUGCUGCAGAGUAUCGAUUCCUUUUUAUCCCAAUUGUAACAUAGAUUCCUUUAUACUGGAUCAUGGGUUUUAUUUCAUCAGAUUUAAUGAACAAAAUAAAAUGUGCGGUAUUUAGCUGUCUGCCUAGUAUUUAGUUUGUGUCGUGAAAGGGAAUUCAUUAUCGUCCUGCCCUUUCAUUUUUUAUAUGUGGUACGUCUUGUCUUAGCUAAAUGAUCCUGAGAUCGUUCUUCA